UUUGAAUAGAGAAUUAUGGUUAAUAGUGGAUGUUUCAGCAAAGCAAACUGGUUCAAUCUUUAUUUUUUAUCUUUUCCAGAAUCAAACUUGAAUCGCUGUGGAUUCAGAGGCUCUUCAUAUUUAGGGAUACCAUUCAAUCCCUCCAAGGGCUCAGAUGUAUCUCAUCCUUAUGAUAGCGGGCACAUAGCAAUGACUUACACGGGUCUUUCGUGUCUGCUUAUUCUUGGAGAUGAUUUAAGUCGAAUAAAUAAAGAUGCCUUACUGGCAGGACUGAGAGCUCUCCAGCUAGAGGAUGGAAGUUUCUGUGCAGUGCUAGAAGGAAGUGAGAAUGAUAUGAGGUUUGUGUACUGUGCUUCCUGUAUCUGCUACAUACUCGAUAACUGGUCAGGCAUGGAUAUGAAAAAAGCUAUAGACUAUAUUAGAAGAAGUAUGUCUUAUGAUAAUGGCCUGGCACAAGGAGCAGGACUUGAAUCUCAUGGUGGAUCUACAUUCUGUGGUAUUGCGUCGCUGUGCUUGAUGGGUAAACUGGAGGAAGUUUUUUCAGAAAAAGAACUAAGUAGAAUAGGAAGGUGGUGUGUAAUGAGACAACAAAAUGGUUACCAUGGACGACCCAACAAACCUGUAGACACUUGCUAUUCCUUUUGGGUGGGAGCAACAUUGAAGCUCUUGAACUUAUUCCAAUACACAAAUUUUGAGAAAAACAGAAACUACAUCCUCUCAACUCAAGAUCGCCUUGUUGGUGGAUUUGCCAAGUGGCCAGAUAGCCAUCCAGAUGCUUUGCAUGCCUACUUUGGGAUCUGUGGCUUGUCGCUAAUUGGAGAAGCUGGUAUCUGUAAAGUUCAUCCUGCCCUGAAUGUAAGCACAAGAACCUCUGAGCGCCUUCACCACCUUCACCAGAUGUGGAACAAGGACUCUAAGCAGUGUUCAGACAACAUGCACAUCGCUACACGACUGAUUCAGACUCAAAUUUAGUUCUGGUAGCAUAAUUGUAGCCCAAGGUUAAAAGCCAUGUAUAACCAAUGUGCUCUUUUAAGUGCUGGAGUCAUGCAAUCAGAUCUGUGUUGCUGGCAUUGCUUUGAUAGGGGAUUGCCUUCAGCGGGUUAUUCUGCAUUGUGGGGAAAAAAGGAGAUAUUUUGAUUACAUAGGAGUUUGUCACUGCAGACUGUAAAUGGCUCUUCAAAUGGCUUUAUGUCUAAGAAAUUCCUUGAGGCAAUUAAAAUUCAUUUUUAUUUUAUUUUUUAAAACUUGUGCAUACUGUGUCAAAGUAUAUAAUAGGAAAGUAUUUUCAAAAUCUGUUUACAUAUCAUACAGUAUAGCACAAAACCUUGGGGAUCUUUUUGAUUUUAAUGUCUUACAUAUUUUUGGGUAGAGAAUCUCCCAUAUUAAAUCUCAGUUAAAAGUUACCUUUUACUGUCUACGUUCAGAUUCCAUAAACUUUGUUAAAAAAAAUCAAAUAAAUACAAAUAAAAUUAUUUUAUUCAGUA